GUGACGCAUAGCUAGCUAGGCAUAGAUCUAGGAGGAGCUCUGAAGAAGCCGUAUCCAUCUAAAAGAUGGCAGCUAUGGCUGGACCACAGCCAACUGAUAGACCGUCAGUGGACGGUCUCGGUCAUACCUUACAAGCAAAGUGUUUGGAUGUUUAUAAAGCUGCCAUUGACCUACAGAAACUUGCUGGUCUGAUGUUUCAAGAAGCUGAGCAAGAAAGAAAAGAAUGGGCCUACAGGAUGUCAGUACUACAAGUAGAAAGACAGAAGAUAGAAGAGGAGAAGAGACAGAUCAUAGAACUAAGCGAAGAGAAGCAAGAAGAGCUUUUACAGAGCAUAUCUAGCCAAGAAACUGAGAUACAUGGUACUGUAGAGAUAAUUGUGAGUGGGCGUAUGUUUACUACUUCAACAAGGACUAUUGCUAGUUUACCCAAUUCUCUACUAGCUGAAGCAGUGAGCUUAAUGCUUAAAGAACUGGAAGAGAAUAGAAAAGAAAGGGGAAGCAGCAAAAAGAAAAAGAAGCUCAAAUUGAGGAUUGAUCGUGACCCAAGACACUUUGAACUCAUCCUCAAUUACCUCAGGGAAGCCGAUCGGUCCUUACAUUGGUUGUACGACCCUGAAGCUAUGAAAAUGUCUGACCUGGAGGCAGUACGUGAUGAGGCUGACUAUUACAAGUUGAAAAACCUUGCACGUUUGGUGACGUGGGAGCUUGUGUCUCGUAAACCAGUGGUGUCUUCUAAGAGACUGCCCUCGGUAUUAAAACUAGAUAAGUUUGAGAAUGCGGAGGCUGCCCCGUUUUAUAAAACUCUGCAGACAGUGAAGUUAGAGGAAGAAAACUUUACCGAGACUGUUUUUGAAAACAUAGUUUUCGUACAUAACCAGACUUUUAUUUCGUGCGAUUUUCGGGGGUCGGUUUUUCGAAGGUGUUUCUUUAACAAUGGGGUUUUGAUGAAUCUUUCUGGGAGCAACAUAAGCGGAAUUAAGUUUAUUGAUUGCAGGUGUAACUCAAGAAUGAGCCCAGCUGAUGUAUUCAUUGUUGAUGAAGACCAAAAGGGCAAUAUCCCUUCACGCUAGAGGGAAAGAUAAAUAAGACUUUUAAUCUGUUGCUUGUAUUUAGUUUUCAUAAUUAUUAUAUAAAUUCAGCUGGCUGAAUAGAAUAGUAUUUUUUUAAUUUUCAUCUCUAUGAGUGUGUGUUGAAUAUGUGUAGCUCGGCAUUGUAGUGACAUUUUUUGUUUAAUCAAUAUAAUUUAUAAUAUCAAAAA